AUGUGUCAUCUCUGCACCUUCAAUAUCCCCAGGAGAGCUUGCGUCGAGUUGAGCAUACACGAACCUUUACGGGGUGUCGAACUUGCCGGAGCCGUCAUGCAAAGUGCGAUGAAGGGAGACCGGAGUAUUGCGAUGCCUCUGGAGAAGCAACUCGGCGCGGCCCUGAAGUGCCUGAGUACCGGUACACCUUAUUUUCAGGUCGGAUUCAUUUUCGUGUGGUGGUCGUUUCUGCACAUGCUGACGCGGAAGGCUGUGUCCUCAGACUCUGAACGUGAGAUCAUGAGCAGCCAGCUCACAGAUAGCCUUGGCUCAAAGGCAGCCGGGAAAGUGCUAGCCGAAAUUGAUAGGGCGUCCAAAACAUCUGAGCCUAAGAAGCCUUUUAGCAUCUCAAAAGGACCUUUUGGGGUGUUCAAAUGUCUUAAACGAAGAGAAGUCUCUCUAAGUCAGCUAUCACUGUCGCCUAUUACCUCAGAGCAUGAUAUUAGCCUACUUGUCGAUCCUGAAGAUGAAAGUUUUCAAACGGGAACUGACCCACGAGAAGAUUUCGGCAUUGACUGGUCUGAGAACGAACUCGAAGGAUCUAUGCAGUUAUCACUAGACUGCUUAGAUCUCUUGGUUGCCCAGAGUGAUUCUAUCACCGCCUCGGACCCUUUUUUAGCCUUAAUGCCUGGCCUCCAAUCAGAUUUCUCUGUCAACGUCUUGCUAAUGAGUUGGCCGGGGGAUGGAGAAGGUAAUACUUGUGGGAAAGACAGAGAUAUCAUUGCACCUGUCACUAAUGCUAUUGAGACAGACAACCAUUUGGCCACCUCCCAUGCUAAUGUCGCCACUAUUAUGACUAUACCGCCUACAUUAUUAUGCCUCGGAGCUUCUAUUUCACGAACAGAGGUACCUGAACAGGCACAAACGCUGCUUCGCUACUACAAGAGCCACGUGGGCUCUACCAAAAUUUCUGGACAAGGGAAAUUCAAAUCAACUUGGCAACUGUUAUUCCUUCCUUGUGCCUUCGAGACGUUUGCGGAGUUGUUAGUGUUGAAUGAGGCAGGUCAGACCUUUUGGGUCGCGACUAGGUCAAUAGAACGAGCUCGAAUGCAUUUGAAGAAUGCUGUGAAGGUAGAGGUCUACGAUUCUGGAUUAGGUGGAUACAAAGACCUAUUAAUGGCCUUAAUCGCUAUGGCCAUGGGAUCUUUGUGUUAUGGAAGCCGUGACUUACGCGUCUUCUUGCUCGAUGCUGAACGUUUGAUACGAGUGAAAGGGCUUUCUAGCCACAACUCUGAGAUAGUCAGAGUCCUUCAUCACACCUAUACUUAUAUGAGGGUAAUUGCAGAGGCUACUUACCCCUUCUUGGAUUCUGAAAGCGAGUCUGAUCGCAUAAGCUUGCUUGGAGUCGAAGUAAUUUCGGGUAUGCAGAUAUACACCUUGAGUUACAAGACGAUUCAACUCAGCAACGAGAAAGAUCACCUCGAAACUCGCGCACGCAGCAAUCCGAAGCUUGCUAUUGACCUCAAAACCAAUACUAUCUGCGGCCGGCAAAUCGCAGCCCAUCGAUAA